AUGGGUGGUAGUCAUUCUCAACCUCAAAAUUCAACGAUGUGCGGUUUUGCUGAUAGUUCAAGCAACGUUAGUUGUAAUAAUGGUACUCUUCAUGCUGUAUGUCGAAAAUUAAAUGGUACAAAUUGUGAACAAAUAUUAGAUUUAAAUAAAUAUAUUGGAAAUGAAGAUGGAAACUUAAUUAGAAAACAUGAUGGAGAUUUUGCACGAUCAUGCCAAAAUAUCAAGAUUGAUUCUGCUGGUCUUCUAACGUGUAUGGCAAAAAAAAAAGAUGGUACAUUGGUUCCUGCUGAAUUGAAGUUAAAUGAUUACAUUGGAAAUGUAGAUGGUCAAUUGAAGUACGAAGAGAUACAGCGUCCAGUUGUGGGUUAG